CACUUCCUAUUCUGUAAUACCUGUAUAUAAAAUCCGAUUCUAAAAAAAUAUAUAUAUCUAAUAUUUGAUAUGAAAUCAGAUAUCAUAUCUCAGAUGAAAUUAUCAUCAGAUGAAAUUAUCAUGGUUUUUUAGAAUCUGGAAGACGUCUCUCAGAUAUCCGAGUGAUAUCUGAAUAGUUUUUCGUCAAUCAGAUAUUGUGAUAUUUAAAUAUCUUCCAGAUAUCUCUAUGAUAUUUUUUGCUGUGUGGGAUUGAUUUGGUAGUAAAAAGUAGCUAUUGCCAUGCAUGCACCCCUUUCAAAAAUAACGCCGACGACCCUGAAGGCGAAAAUCACAUGAAGAAUUGUUCCAUCAAUCAUAAAGGCUCGGCGGGAAAGAUGAAGGUUGACGCCGAUCUCGAAAUGUUUCGCCGUUCUGAAGAAAAGUUUGGUGUUCGUUACACUAAUUACGUGGGGGAUGGCGAUACAAAAACUUUCAAGUCUAUAUUAGACGCUAAGCCAUAUAAAGAUAUUGCAGUUAUGAAAAGUGAGUGUGUGGGCCAUGUGGAAAAGCAAAUGGGAAGUCGCUUUCGAAAUGUGAAAAAAACCGCAAAACUUGGCGGCAAAGGCAAACUGACUGAUGCUUUAAUUAAAAAAUUGACAAAAUAUUACGGCCUUGCAAUACGCAGAAAUGCAAAUUCAAAAGAUAACAUGAAAAAAGAAAUAAUGGCUACGUUUUACCACUUGAUCUCGACC